AUACUUGAUAAAUUGUUGGACAGGGAAAGUCAGACCCACAAGCCCCAAACUCUAAGCUCCUUCUACUCCAGCAAGCCAGCUGCUAGCAGCCAGCGCAGCCCGUCCAAACACACUGCCGCCAGUCAGAGUGGGGUGAGCGGGGCUGCUGGGGGUGUCUCCAAACACACACCCUCAUCUUCAUCUGCAACCACUUUGCCAGCCUCUUCUUCUAGCUCAUCCUCUGCUGCGGCAGUGGCUGGUGAUGAGGUGGCACAACAGGCUGAUCUUAACCGAAUACAGAACAGUUCAGCAGGAGAGAGCACUGCUGAGAACAGGGAGCAUGUGUCAGAUGGUCCUUCGUUAUCAAAUAACCAGCAGAAUGAAACUGCUCCAUUUAAGCUCGAGGCCACAGUGCCCAGUCGUCUGGCACUGGGGGCACGCUGUGGAUACAGCCAGCGCUGCUGGGGCUCACCUGUCCGGCAGAAGAAGAAACACACUGGCAUGGCAAGUAUUGACAGCAGUGCCCCAGAGACAACCUCAGACAGUUCCCCCACACUCAGCCGGCGGCCGCUCCGGGGCGGCUGGGCAGCAACAUCUUGGGGGCGGGGCCAGGACAGUGACAGCAUCAGCAGUUCAUCCUCUGAUUCACUCGGCUCCUCCUCCUCCAGCGGCUCUCGCAGGGCGGGGGGCGGGGCCAGGGCUAAGAACACCGACACCAGCAGGUAAGCACAGACUUCCUCUUCAUCAGCUUACUAAGACAUAUAAAGGUACACUAGCCAUGUUACUAGAAUUACCCACAACAUAUUGAAUUGAAAUAUAAAGCCUGACUGCUGACAGAAGUCUACUUGGGACCUCAUCAGACAUCACACAAGUCAACUGCCUGUCAAGCCUUGGUCACUAGCUGGGUAUUUUAUGAAGGAGGCUGAAGCUGGAUUUACACAAG